AUGUCGCUAAUCAAUGAAACAAAUAAUUUGGCUGAGGAAGUAACUUUGCCGACUGUGAAGCAAGUGGACAGUGGAAAUGAUGACCAGUCUAAUGGAAGGACAGAAGAGAGAUUAGAGGAGUCCGUUACUAUUGAAAGUGUUGAUGUAACAGACUCUAUCAACGUCACUGAUGGUCAGCCGGAUAUCGUCACCGAAAUUGAUGACCGGAACACCCCACCUACUUCCACUACUCCAUCACAGUCACUUUCAAUGGCAUCUUCGCCAUCACCGUCUGCCACUCUGGGAGAACAGGAUGUGUCGACGACGACGACGACUAUCUCGACAUCAGAAUCGAUGACACCUAUGUUAGAGCAUGUGCAGGGUCCGGUUAUCCGGGUGUACUCCCCUUACAUCGAAGACCACAGAGAAGUCACACCGGGACCGAACGUGUUUGAAAAGAAUAUCCGGAAUGCCAUUGAAUCUCGCAAGCAUGAAGAGGCAACCCAUGUCGACGAACAUAAAAGAGAGCGGAUUCAAACAGAUGAUCCUGUUGAAGAAUCCACAGGUAGUAAUGUUCUGGAUAAAGCUAAUGAUCUGGAACAGGGUGAAACACAGAAGACUUACCAGUCAUUUGAGGGAACAGAUAACCCGGAGAGGGUAGCGGUCGAGCCAAAUGGACGGACCGAUGCUCAGGAAGAUGAUCAAAACUUGGUCGAAACACCCAGCAACCAAGAAGGUGCCGAAAUUUCGGCCGAGACGGCAUCUAGCAACGAUGCAAAGACUAACGUCACAUUCGUUGAGCCCAAUUCCAAGGAAAACCCCAACACCUCGGCCGAAGGUGUUUGCAACAACGAGGAUGCCGGGACUGAGAGCACAGAGCAGGAACAUACUACUCAAAGACUUUCCGACAUCAUCUCUGCUGGUGAACAGCAAGAGAAGGUCGCACAGACUGAUAACUCAGGAGCAGGUGUUCAGACUCAACCGGACGAAUCGGACACCCUCGCCCAGGCCAAGGAGUGGCACGAUUCCAUCGUACGUCGAGUUGCUCGGCUACGAGGCUUGUCUUGUUGGCUCGGUGAGCGUAACAAACGGAUGGACGGCAUGGUGGAGAUCCUUGUGAGAUCGCUUGAGCAUAUGGGGGUUGGAGCCGUGACGGAUCACAUUGGAAAUUUGAUUCCCCUUCAGAACUUUCGUUUGAACUCGGCUAUCAAGCUGUCUACAACAGACCACACGUGGACAACGUGCGACGAGGAUGUCAUGAGCAAUGAUAUCAAUUCUUGGCUGCCCGAUUCUCUCCCGGACGAACAUGAGCUUCCCUUGACGAACGAGCAGAUGAGGAAGUACGAGAGUCAAUUGGAGGUUCUCCGAGCAAAGAACGAAUCUCUUCAGCGGUCACUCCAGUCUGCCCUGGACAGUCAGGGGUCGUUGGGCGUUCAGAUCAACCAAUGGCAGGCCUGUAUCGAUAGCGCCGGACAGCAGCUCUGUCGCGUCACUCAGGAAGUUCACGAAUCCAAAUCACGCGAAAAGCACCUACGCCACCUCCUUGGCGAGGAGAGACGGAUUAAGGAUUCGCUGGUGCAGCGAAAUUCUUUAACGAAGGCAGAACAGGAUCAGACAUUAGAAAGUGUGAACAGAUGGUCCCAACACAGUAAUGAGGUCAUGAGUGGUCCUACUAGCUCGGGAACCUUGGUAACCGAUGAGAAUUGUGCAACUCCCUUGCAAGGGAUGACGGCAGAGAGGCAGCAAGUAGUUGAUAGUUUUGCUUGUAACAACUACCCAGGAUCCUCCUUGUCCCAGAUCACAGUCAAAAGUCCAUCUGGUUCGGAGAGGCCGUGGCAACAAAAACGGUUUGUUGGAACAAGGGACACACGCAGUAGCAGACUGAACAGUUCUGCGCCGCCUUUCGUUUCGGCAUACUCUUCUUCUCAUCGUCUAAACUAUCGCAAUAACUGGCAUGCAGGAUCCAACUGGCAUUAUAGAUCUGGAUCUGGACGAACCGUUGGAUCAAGCAGCACGGGACGGGGUCGGCACGGCAGCGGAAGAGGGUAUUACCGAAAAGAACACAGCAGCAAUGCAGGAUUUAAUCAACUCCUUAACGGAUUCUUUGACAACUUAAACCGGAUCGAGAAUGCGCUUCGGCAGCAGGGUAUCAACGUGCCUGGUCCAACGUCCGAAGCAGUGCCAGGAAUUCAGCAACAACCGCAGGAGGUUAAUGUAUGCAGUAACGUACAAUACCCAGUAUUAGGUGUCCAUGAUUUACAGCAGCAGCAACAGGAGGCGGUAGCGACCAAUCAGCCUGUGUAUUUCAGCGGCCCAUCUAUACAGCAGAAUGUGGUCUUCCCUGAUGUGGAGCACGUAGUUACCCAGCAACCGAUCCAGUCAAUUCCCUCGGUGCAGCAGGUCCAUCCGAGUCCAGCGGUAGUCAAUGAAGGAGUACAAACUGUCCCUCAGGCUCACGUACAGUUUGCACAAGUCGAGGGCCAGGCUUAUUAG